GAUCUUCUGAUUGUUUUGUUUUUUUCUCUCCUAUAUUUUCUCUCAGGGUUUCCGACGUGACUUUGCACAGGGCGCAGCCAUCUUGUAAUAAUCCCACAAUCCUCUUCGUUCCAUCCUUAAAGCGACAGCUGUUUCUGUACAUAUUUUGAUAAUUUAAUCCCCCAAAACAAGAAAAUGAAUGGUGAAAAGACAGACAGAUUGGGUGCUGUUUAUUAACACAAUGUUCUCACUGAAGAAUAUACAUGUAUUUCUAUAUACUGUGCUGUGUUGCUGUGGAGCACUGGCACCCCCUGUGGUCGGGUUCUCACCUGGCGGCACCCCGCUCUCCGCUCUUGAGUACCGCAGCUUCUUCAGGGUGCUGUCUGGCCGGGCUGAGCAGCUGUGUCGACUGCGCAGGAGGAACGGCUGCAACAACAGUAGGCUGCGCAGACUGGACGCCAUUGAGAACCACGGCCGCAUCCCGUCAGGCACCGUCUGCACAGAGCUCCACGGAAACCUCAUCUUCCGGGAUUUCUGCUCAUUCGCAACGUACCGCUGCAGCAGCCGCAGAUACUACGUGAGGAGGGUUGUCUGUCCGGUGGGCUAUGAGAUCGACACCUCCCCCCUCCGCCCCCGUGUCACUCACACCCUCACGAGAGCUGGCAGCAUGGCAGAGUCUCAGAGAGAGGGGGCGCAUCACAGUGUAGUGCCAGCAGGGCAGAGACUGGGAGAGGGGUCCCGUGACACAGCACAGCCGGGGAAGGAGGGGCGGGGCUCCAGUGGAACAGCACAGAGAGCCCUGGAGGGGCUGGGCAUUGAGACACCCCCCCUCCCGCCUGAGACCAUCAACACUGCUGUCCACGAGACUCUGUGGAGCAGCGAGGGUAUGGCGGAGCUACAGGAUCUUCUGCAGAUGAUUCUGGAGAACGAGACCCAGAGCAGCGAUCUUGCCGCCCCUCACAGGGAGACAUCCUCACCCCCAGAACUGAGCUUGGGGCUCCUGAGGGACCUGAGCAAGAACAUCAGUGUCCCCCAGCAGAAAGAGAGGGACAGUGUCUCCCAGCACAGAAUGAGGGACAGUGUCUCCCAGCAGAGAGACAAGGACAGAGGGAACUCUUUCAACAGCUCCAGCCAGCACAUCGCAGGCAAAUCCCUGCUUUCUGCAACUCAAGAAAAACCUUCAGAGAAGAAAGAGAAGGAGAGGAAGAGAAGUAGCUCCCUGCCGUUCUCCAGCAGGGCUGUAGAGAGACUGACUUCAAGGUGAAGAGAUACAGGGGUGACGUAUGGAUAGGUGCAAAGUGAUUUGUGGGUGCUAACCCCCCAUAAAUUGUGUUUAGCAGCUGUAAAGUAUGAUUUUACUGGCUGCUAAAAAUGAGGUGUAUGUAAAGAAUGGUGUUCACCUGGUGUUCUGCACCCACUGUCAAAUAUUAAUUAAUCUAUUAAAAUUAUAUUGAAAUGCAUUCAGAUGAAGAAAAAAGCAUGGGACUGGGCUAAAAAGAAAUGGUAGAUUCGCACAGCACUACAUCUCAGCGAUGUCUGUAAAAAUCCAGAGGCCACCGUUUAUGUGGUGAUUUUUAGUCCUAUGCAAAUCGGGCUUAAGAAGCAAUUCCAUUGUAGUGUCAAACUGAACAUUCGUUCUUUCUUUCUCCUUUUCCUCCUCCUUCUCUCUUGUGUACUUCUGGAGGAGGAGGAGAGCAUGAGAGGGGCCCUGGAGCUCUGUCUGUAUAUGAGAGGGGCCCUGGAGCUCUGUCUGUAUAUGAGAGGGGCCCUGGAGCUCUGUCUGUAUAUGAGAGGGGCCCUGGAGCUCUGUCUGAAAGGGGACUGAAAGGGGACUGAAAGGAAAGAGCAAGCUGUGAGAGCUGACACCUGCAGUUAGGAGCUGUAGAGAACUGGCACGACAAGUAAUACAGCACAGUGAAAACAUGGCAAAGUAUAAUACAGCACAGUGAAAGCAUAGCAAAGUGUAAUACAGCACAGUGAAAACACAGCAAAGAGUAAUACAGCACAGUGAAAGCAUAGCAGAGAGUAAUACAGCACAGUGAAAACACAGCAGAGAGUAAUACAGCACAGUGAAAGCAUGGCAAAGAGUAAUACAGCACAGUGAAAGCAUAGCAAAGUGAAAUACAGCACAGUGGAAGCAUAGCAGAGAGUAAUACAGCACAGUGAAAGCAUGGCAAAGUGUAAUACAGCACAGUGAAAGCAUGGCAAAGAGUAAUACAGCACAGUGAAAGCAUAGCAAAGUGAAAUACAGCACAGUGGAAGCAUGGCAAAGUGUAAAACAGCACAGUGAAAGCAUGGCAAAGAGUAAUACAGCACAGUGAAAGCAUAGCAAAGUGAAAUACAGCACAGUGGAAGCAUGGCAAAGUGUAAAACAGCACAGUGAAAGCAUGGCAAGGUGUAAUACAGCACAGUGAAAGCAUGGCAAAGUGUAAUACAGCACAGUGAAAGCAUGGCAAAGUGUAAUACAGCACAGUGAAAGCAUAGCAAAGUGAAAUACAGCACAGUGGAAGCAUGGCAAAGUGUAAAACAGCACAGUGAAAGCAUGGCAAAGUGUAAUACAGCACAGUGAAAGCAUGGCAAAGAGUAAUACAGCACAGUGAAAGCAUAGCAAAGUGAAAUACAGCACAUUGAAAGCAUGGCAAAGUGUAAUACAGCACAGUGAAAGCAUGGCAAAGAGUAAUACAGCACAGUGAAAACACAGCAGAGUGUAAUACAGCACAGUGAAAACACAGCAAAGUGUAAUACAGCACAGUGAAAGCAUGGCAAAGUGUAAAACAGCACAGUGAAAGCAUGGCAAGGUGUAAUACAGCACAGUGAAAGCAUGGCAAAGUGUAAUACAGCACAGUGAAAGCAUAGCAAAGUGUAAUACAGCACAGUGAAAACACGGCAAAGUGUAAUACAGCACAGUGAAAGCAUGGCAAAGUGUAAUACAGCACAGUGAAAGCAUGGCAAAGUGUAAUACAGCACAGUGAAAGCUUAGCAGAGUGUAAUACAGCACAGUGAAAACACAGCAAAGUGUAAUACAGCACAGUGAAAGCAUGGCAAGGUGUAAUACAGCACAGUGAAAGCAUGGAAAAGUGUAAUACAGCACAGUGGAAGCAUGGCAAAGUGUAAUACAGCACAGUGGAAGCAUGGCAAAGUGUAAUACAGCACAGUGAAAGCAUGGCAAAGUGUAAUACAGCACAGUGAAAGCAUGGCAAAGUGUAAUACAGCACAGUGAAAGCAUGGCAAAGAGUAAUACAGCACAGUGAAAGCAUAGCAAAGUGUAAUACAGCAAAGUGUAAUACAGCACAGUGAAAGCAUGGUAAAGUGUAAUAAAGCACAUUGAAAGCAUGGUAAAGUGUAAUAAAGCACAUUGAAAGCAUGGUAAAGUGUAAUACAGCACAGUGAAAGCAUGGCAAAGUGUAAUACAGCACAGUGAAAGCAUGGCAAAGUGUAAUACAGCACAGUGAAAGUAUGGCAAAGUGUAAUACAACACAUUGAAAGCAUGGCAAAGUGUAAUACAGCACAGUGAAAGCAUAGCAAAGUGUAAUACAGCACAGUGAAAACACGGCAAAGUGUAAUACAGCACAGUGAAAGCAUGGCAAAGUGUAAUACAGCACAGUGAAAGCAUGGCAAAGUGUAAUACAGCACAGUGAAAGCAUGGCAAAGUGUAAUACAGCACAGUGAAAACACAGCAGAGUGUAAUACAGCACAGUGAAAACACAGCAAAGUGUAAUACAGCACAGCGAAAGCAUAGCAAAGUGUAAUACAGCACAGUGAAAGCAUGGCAAAGUGUAAUACAGCACAGUGAAAGCAUGGUAAGGUGUAAUACAGCACACUGAAAACACAGCAAAGUAAUACAGCACAGUGAAAGCACAGCAAAGUGUAAUACAGCACAGUGAAAACACAGCAAAGUGUAAUACAACAAAGUGUAAUACAGCACAGUGAAAGCAUGGUAAAGUGUAAUAAAGCACAUUGAAAGCAUGGUAAAGUGUAAUAAUCACAGUGAAAGCAUGGUAAAGUGUAAUAAAGCACAGUGAAAGCAUGGUAAAGUGUAAUAAAGCACAGGUAAGCAUUGUAAAAAAAUUGCGAGGUGUUGUAAAGCAUAUUAAUAAACAUGGCCGACCAGGAUAAACUAUGGUAAAUGCAUAGUAUAACCAUGAGAAAAGCAUGGAGGAAAACUGCAGAAAUACUAUGCACAUUUCUGGGGUGAAUGUUUCUAAGGGUGAUGUGCUUAUAGCUUAUCUAGCUAAAUAUUGGGACUGACACAAGCCGUGCUGUUUAGAAAUCUUCGAUGGCUCCUUUAAGUAAGAUGAGUAUUGCAUUACUGCUCACUCUGUGUUGUGUGGUGUCUGUCAUACAAAGAGCGCAGGAGAAAGCACAUCCUUUCAGCUUGAUUAGAGGGAGCCACCCAACACUAAGAAACAGAUUAUAAAUCAUUACAUCUAAAAGCUCACUUUAACACACUUAAUCUGUUUCUAUAGAACCAGCUGUGUUUUCAAUGUUUCUAAUGCUUUGUCAUUGACAUUCUGAGUGUGAGAUCUACACGCUCUGCAACAUUAUAAAGCUAAUUGUUGCUAAUAGCUUCCAGUGGGGACGUGACUUUUAAUUAAUAUUAUUAUCUGAGCCUGUAGAAUGAGUGCUCAUCAUGCUCCUCACAUCAAUUAGUUCAUGUGACCAAUACUGUUGUGAAGCUUCAUAUAUUGUGUGUUUUCAAAUCAAGUAUAGAUACAUUAUGAUUCAGACAGCUCCCCUGAGUUGCAAUCUCCAUAGUUUUAUAUAUUAUACAGCAGUGGCACCAGCAAUGAUUCAGACAGCCCCCUAAGUUUCCAUCUACAGUUUUAUAUAUCAUACAUCACAAGUGACUAAGGCUACCACGUUUACAUUUGACACAUAAGGAAAAGUUAGUGCUUCUGUGUUGAAGUACAGAGUACCUGGAAAACCUCACGUCUAAUUAACAGAACAGUGAUUCGAAACAGUAGAAAGUCUCCUGGCAGCAGGGUUUUUGUGGUUUCCUGUUCCCUGUACAAAUUCUACUGCCAGUAAGAAGCCCCAUAAAGACUGCUGCCAGGAGUUUAACAUCUGGGCUGAAGAAAGAGAAAUGCUUAGAUUGUAUUGACUACGUUUAGAGAAAGUGAAAUGUGUGGUUAUAUUGAGAAAGUGUUUUGUGCAGCUACUGGCAGCAGCAGAAUCAGCUGCCUUGGUGCUGGUUCAGCACACAUCAAUUCCAAAUCUACAGGUCAUUUCCACAAGCACAUUAAGAAUCUUAUUUUGGACACAAAACUGCUUCAGAUUUACAACACUGGACUUACUUUUUAAAAGAUAUAUAUCAUUAGCGAUCAUAUUGGAGGGGGUUAUUAUAUCAUCUGAAACAACAUCACUGAACUGUGAUUACCUUGUUCUUAUACGGACUCCUUCUCCAAACUGAGAUGAAAGAAGAACAAAAAAUGCUAAUACUACAGCAUGAUAUUUUACACUUCAUAUGGCAGGAAGCUGAGUCCAUUCAGAUGCAUUGUGGACUCUGUAGUUUCUUAACUGGAGCUCGCAUACCUGUGAAAGGUAAUACAGACUUGUCAGCUGCUUAACGUUGUAGUAAACUAAAUGGAGACGUUCACAUGUUUAAAGGUGGCAACUUUACUAGUGACCCCUCUGAUCUCAUAAUGGCGCUGUUCUUUUCUUUGUGAUGAUGAUGUCACAAUCACCUUGUUGCUUAGCAACCUCUCACCCAGCCAACAAAAUCAACCAAGACAGCUUUUAACUGUGUCAUUUCUCAGUUUUUUUUUUUAAUUGACAAUUUAGUUGAAUAAAUGAAAUGUUAUAUUAGAGAAGGAGUGAAAUGAAGGUUCUUAUUGUGCUUCUAUAUGUGGGUAAGAAUAUUAAAUAUUAUUAUUAGUAGUAGUACACAUUAGUAUUAUUAGUAUUACUACAGUGUUAUUAGUAGUAGCAGUACAAUAUGUAUAUUACAACUACGGCUACUGCAUUAUUAGAAACAACACACACACACAUGCUGUAUAUAAACGUCUCUUUAUGUGUUCAGUAGGUGGCAGCAUUGGGCCAUAAUUUAAAAGGCGCGCUGCACAAGCUUUGAAACAAGCUUAUAGAAGUGAAGUGACCAGUAGCAUUGGCAGGGACACGUUUCUAUGCCAACAUGCAUCAUCCAUUCCCGUGUGUU